AUGUGGCCCCCGGUAGGUUCUGAAACUCCUCCAUUUUCAGUGGGGCAUAUCGGCCAAUCUGGUACCUACGACCAUCCUACAAAUUUGUACAAUGGGGGUCACUUUCCCAUCCGCCCUCAGGAAUACUCUUCCUUUAGACGUCAAUCAGGCAGUCAGAGGAGCAAUGAUGUGAUACACCCACCCGCUCCUCAACAUGUCUCUUACAAUGAUUACUCUCAAACGAGGAAUGAAGCACAUCCCUCACCCGCCCCGCAGUCUCCUCAGAAUGCUAGGUUGAGGCUGAGGCCCGUCUCGGACUUACCUGACGUGUUUAGGAGUGUCUUUAAGUUUGGUGUGUUCAAUGCGAUUCAGUCUACUUGUUUGGAUGCAGUCCUGAAAACCCCUGAAAAUCUCGUAUCUCUACAUAACUCGUUUUCAGCUUUGGACUCAUCAGCCCUAGCUCCUACGGGCAGCGGGAAAACUGUUUUAUUUGAGUUGUCCAUCAUCCGUAUGCUCUCUGAAGCUUCGGUCAACACGAAGUGUGUUUACGUUGCUCCUACGAAGGCUUUAUGCGCAGAAAAGUUCAAGGAGUGGUCCACGAAAUUCAGUGGUCUCGGCAUCAAAAUCUGUGAACUCACCGGUGACACUGUGACAAACGGCAAGGGAGUUUGGGGCGAUGCCAAAAGCGCUCGUGUGAUCGUGACGACAGCAGAGAAGUGGGACAGUUUGACUCGGAAUUGGGGUGAUCAUGCCAGAAUAUUAUCUCAGAUUCAGUUGUUUUUAGUUGAUGAGGUUCAUAUCCUGAACGAGUCCCGAGGGAGUACGCUCGAGGUAAUCGUAGCUCGAAUGAAGAAGCGCGGAUCCAGCGUCCGCUUCAUUCUCGUUUCGGCAACAGUCCCCAACAUUCAGGACGUUGCAUCAUGGAUAGGAAGCUCUGCCUCUUCGGCGCGACCUGCGCAAGUAUUCCAGUUUGGGGACGAGUAUCGACCCUGUAAACUUUCUCGACAUGUCUACGGCAUUGGCAGGCCCAAGGGCUUGAACGACUUUGCGUACGCUCAUACCCUGGAUGGACGCCUUUUCGAGAUUAUGCAGCGCCAUUCUGUCAAUAAACCUAUCCUCGUCUUUUGCUCUACUAGGAAAGGUACAGUCACAACUGCCAAGGUUCUCGCGAAGGAAUAUGAGCAAGCCAUGAAGAACAAGCAUCAGCUACCAUGGAAUCCGCCGCCAAAAAUGGACUUUCAUUUCAAAGAUAAGGAUUUGGCUGCCCUUGCAGCCGUCGGGAUAGCCUUUCACCACGCUGGUCUCAACUUGGACGAUCGGAAACUAGUCGAGGAACUGUAUCUGAAGAAGACUCUACGCGUUCUCACUGCGACAUCCACUCUGGCCGUUGGGGUCAACCUUCCCGCUCACACAGUCGUUAUUAAAGGUGUUAAGGUCUUUCAGAACGGGCAAACCAAGGAGUAUUCUGAUUUGGAUAUGAUGCAGAUGAUGGGGCGAGCGGGCCGACCUCAAUUUGAUAAAGACGGCGUUGCAAUCAUCAUGUGUGAGCCUAAGCUCGAGGACAAAUAUCGGGAGCUAGCUCAGGGGUCAACGCUUCUCGAGAGCAACCUACAUACUAAUCUGACUGAGCAUCUUAACUCUGAGAUAACUUUAGGGACCAUCACCGAUGUCAACUCUGCUAAGAGCUGGCUUCGCCAAUCCUUCUUCUAUUGUCGUAUUCAACAAAAUCCUGAUCACUAUUCAGUUACGAAAGAUGCGGACAAGACGUGGCAAGACGUCGUCGAUGAUAUCAUUUUGGCGAGCGUCGAUAGUUUACGCCAAAGCGAACUUGUUGAAAGCUCAGAAGGAGGAGCCGAUCUUCGGUCAACAGAAUACGGCGAUAUUAUGAGCAAGUUCUACGUCAAACUUUCAACGAUGAAAACCCUUCUCGGUCUCUCAGAGUCAGCCAACGUACGGAAUAUUGUCUACGAACAACUGAGGCGACACGAUGAUAUUCGGUUCACCAUCAAAAAAGUGCAAACCACUUCAGACAAAGUUUUUCUGUUGAUACAGGCUGUCCUUGCUGGUGUACCGUUGAAUACUCCCGAAUUUAGGAGCGGAGAAAGUCAGCCUUACCUUGAAGCCUUUUCUAUAUUCCGCCAUGUCGUACGAAUCGCAAAUGCGGCGUUAGAUAUCUCAUUGAUCAAGAAGAAUGGCAAUCACGUCAAAUUUUGCCUGGAGUUGGUAAGAUGUCUCAACGCGAAGGCGUGGGAGGAUAGGCCAAUAGUCUUGCGUCAAAUUGAGCAUAUUGGCGAAAAAUCGUUGACGAAUCCCAGAUCUCACGAAAGGUCACAGGUCCUUGCUGAACAUGGCAUCUCCUCUGUUGAGAAGCUCGCAUCUCAGACGGCACAUAAGAUCGAGAUGCUCUUAAACCGUCGACAUCCCUUCGGGGUAGAAGUGCUUGCUGCUGUAUGCGAGCUUCCAAAGUAUUUCCUCACCGUUCAGGAAAGCCGCAUACACCCCAGCGAUGGAAAGAGUCCGGUAGAGGUGGAACUCGACAUUCAGUGUGGUCUCAUCGCAAGAGGCGAGGCUUCUCCGAACUUCAAGAAGAGUAAACAUCGCGGCGGUGGAAGGACUACAAUUCUCACUAUCACGUCUGAGAAUGACUUCAUUGAUUACCGGUGUACCCCAACAAAAGCGCUCAAAGACAAGAAGUCGUUCACAGUGACUGCGCAACUGACGAAGCCAAGUCAGUUUGUCACAGUCUAUAUUUCUUCCGAGUCGGAUCUAGCCGGUCUCGAGGAAGAUCCGGACUUUUGGAAUAUGAACCCGGAUGACAAUGAUGAAGUAACAGAGGCCCCCGUGAAAGACCUGACAGCCUCUCGAGGCAACAACACGCGAGAUAAGAAGCAAGCCAAACUACAGGGUAUGUCGACAGCAGAUCCUGAGCACCGCAAGACUCGCCUCGAUGGAAAAUAUGAAUGUAACCAUACCUGUAAGGACAAGACAGCAUGCCGCCACCUGUGCUGUCGGGACGGAUUGUCAGAGCCUUCUAAGCCUUCUAGGAAACGCAGCCUACCACCCACUCAAGAACCUGAGCCUCUGAGUAAAAAGCCAAAAACUGCUCAAGUAUCGCAGGCGCAGCCAACUUCUGAGAAAAUCUACAUUGACUCACCUAAAGAGAAGUCAAGCUCGAAACGCCCGAAGACCAAAGCUGCUCCCGUACUACGUCAGCUCGACACUUUGCAUAAGAAUAGCAAUGUCCGGGAAAAUAUUAUGCUCAGCGAGGGACGGCGCAUCAAAGUGGAUAUCAAGGACGAGGAAGAGAAUCUAAGCACUGUGAACUCCAAGGGCAAAAGCAAAUUCAAGCCAAACUUCGACAUGGAUUUUACCACGCUACGUCGCUCAAAGUCGCCUGAGGAUCUGGUUUCCUCCGAUAAUGAGGAGCUACGGGACUUGUCGGAUAUCCUCAGAGCCGAGAAGGGGAAGAACAAGCUGUCUUCUGAGACUCACUGGUCGAGCUCUGAGGUUGACGAACUCAUAAGGAAGCUUCCGUUAGAUCAACCCUCUCGUUCGAGCUUCUCGGAGGUUACGGUCACUUCUGUCGACCGACGCGCAGGCGCUAAACCAUCAACAAUGGCAAACCCCUCAUGGAAACCGCGAGAAAGGUCUUCGCUUUCCAAGCACAGCGUUGGAGGUAGUGACCGGUCCCCAGUUAGCCCUGCUCGCGAGGCGAAGGUAAUACCCAUUUCCUCCACCUAGUUACUGACACUCAGCUUGCAUCUGCGCCACUCUAGAGUCGUUCGCGGGGAGAACCCCUCUUUCUGCCGAGCUCUGACGGCGACGUUGGCUUUCCUGCUAAUCUUGAAGCUGGUACUCGGACUGCUCUUCCUCAGGACGCUCGGGCUUCUGGUGACGAAGACUUUUACCUUGACGAGGCGGGGUUUGACGUCGCUCCUUUUGGUACUCCGGAGCCUCAGGGAAACAACUCUUAUGCGAU